CCCUGCAGCCUGCUGCCUGCUGCGAGCUACAGAGCUAACGCGAGAUAGCUGCACCCAUUGGCCACGUCCCAACCAAGCUAGCUCCUCUAUCCUCCGAUAUCCACCAUGGACUUGAACAUUAUGUUGCCGCAGCUUGAAACUGCCGACGAGAAGGACGUCGAGACGUCUCUGCGGCAAUAUAUUCGAGAGAACAGUCACACCUUCAGCUUUGACCAGAAGGAAGAGUCCCUGCGCAGUAAGCUGUGCCAGAGCGUGUUGUCGGUUCUCGGGAGGCGGGUGAAGCCGAGCUGUCAGAAGACAUGUCUCGAGACGCUGCGCAUCCUGUCCAGAGACAAGCGUGUCCUCGCGCCGGUGGCCACCAGGGAGGGCAUGCUGGUCCUGGGAGCGAUGGCGAGGCUGAGUGCUGGGGAGGAAGGCGACGACAACCAAAACAUCGCUCAGGAAGACACCCUGUCAGAGGAGGAGGAGAGGGUGGUGGUGGAGGCCUUGAAGUGCCUUUGCAAUGUGGUGUACAAUAGUCCUGCUGCUCAGCAGGUCAGUGUCGACGUGCAGCUGGUUCAUGGGCUUUGUGCCACCCUGCGUACAGCCCGUACAUGGCACCAUGAAGUGGGCCUCUUCACACUGCGCCUUCUCUUCUUGGUGUCGGCACUAAGACCUGAUGUGAGAGGGGUUUUGAGGAGAGAAUGGCAUGCUGUGAGACUACUGACGGAGGUCCUGGAGCACACCCUGGAUGUGAGCUGGGUUGGUCCCUAUGAAGCUGCUCGUCCAGAUCCACAGGCUCUGCCCAUGCCUGCAGAGGACAAUGAGAGAGCAAUGGAGGCGCUCAAAGCCUUGUUCAACCUCACACUGUCUGAUACUGGUGGGGAGGAGGAUGACCACCAUUUCCGACUUCUUGCUGCCAUCUUGCGCCAUCUGUUGAUGCUGAAGACUGAGACCGAGGAGAAAACGGAGGAAGCACACAGCCAUGCCAUCAACCUGCUGAAUAACCUGCCUGUGUCCUGCCUGGAUGUGUUAAUCGACGUGCCCGUCCAGGGCGGACUAGAGAUAUAUGGUGGGAAAAAUAUGGAUGCAGUCCGGAUGUUAAUAGACUUCAUGGAGAAAAGGAUGGACAAGCAGGGCUCCAACUACAAAGAAGGUUUGACUCCGGUGCUCAGCCUCUUGACUGAAGGAUCCAGACGCCACAGGGAGAUCCGCAGAUAUAUCAAAGCUCAGGUUCUUCCCCCGCUGAAAGAAGUAAAGGUCAGGCCGGAGAUCGGCACCGCCACCAGAAACAAGCUGGUUCGCCUCAUGACGCACGUUGACAUGGGUGUGAAGCAGACGGCUGCAGAGUUUCUCUUUGUCCUCUGCAAAGAAAGCGUGGACAACCUGUUGAAGUACACAGGAUAUGGAAACGCAGCCGGACUCCUGGUGGCUCGAGGACUUCUCGCAGGAGGGAGAGGAGAGACUCAGUACUCUGAAGAUGAAGACUCCGACACAGAGGAAUACAAAUCUGCUAAACAAUUCGUCAAUCCCAUCACCGGUCAUGUGGAGGAGCCGAUGCCGAACCCCAUCGAAGAGAUGACCGAAGAGCAGAAGGAGUACGAAGCUCAGAAACUUGUCAAUAUGUUUGACAAGUUGUCAAGGCAGAACGUGAUCCGGCCAAUGGGGGUCAGGCCUGAUGGGACAUUAGCGCCUCUUGAAGAAACUCUCUGUGAUCCAGCUGAGGACUCAGGAUCCAACUCUGACUAGUGCACUUCACAUGUAGGCCACAUUUCCCAGGCUAAGCCCACUUGGCCCAAACACAUCUGGAGCUGUGUCCCAUUUCAAGGUUUGGACCUUUGGAGGAAGGUGCCCAUGACGGUGGGCCAGUCCGGCGCGGUCUACUGCUACUGGGCAACAGUAGCGGAAGUCAGUCAAAAGAUCCACACGCUGUACCGAUACCUCCCAAUAAAUUAUACUCUAUUAACUUAAACAUGCAGAUAUUAGUACAAUGUGUGGAUCUAUAGUCAAGACUAUUCAAGGGGUGACCCCAAAUAGUUCACGAUUUGUUCUAAGGAGCUUGGAGGCGUCGUAGUCAUGGGAAAAUGUGGUAAUGAAUCACAGGAUUGUUCAUAAUAAACACAACAUGGCCCUAUUACUAACGAUUCUCUAAAACUUCUCUGUCUUCUCAAUUGUGUAUGUGGAUUGCCACAAUGGAGAAAAAUAAAUUUGGUCUGAAAGUUCUGCUUUCAACCACAAAAACAAGGAGGAAACACUAUAUUUCUCUAGAAACAUAGUAGUUACAUUUAAACAGAGCGGGCUCAAUAAGCAAGAAAAAAAAGACGUGAUUCUACAAUCAGUCGACUAAAGAGUUUAUUUGACUGACAACCUGAGACUACUCAGAAUAAAGCGGGAAUUUAGGAUCCGCUUUUAAACUCUUAUCCCCAGGAAGUCGUCCUAAACUCGACUCUAGUCGUUACUGUCAGUUGUAACACGUUUUGAAAUACCCACGUUCACAUUUUAAAGUUUAUGUGUACAAAAUGCGGCACAGCUGGCAAGUAGUGUACCAGGUUGUCGGGUCUGGUUCAAGCAAUGUGUAUUAUAUGUCGGCCCGUUUUUAACCCUUGUGUUGCCUUAGGGUCAUUUUGACCCGAAUCAAUAUUACACCCUCCCCCCGCCUUAGGAUUAAUUUGACCCCAUUCAAUGUUUAAUGUCGGUGUUCUUUCGGUAGUCAACAAACAAACAUAAAGUGCCUCACACUUAAACUUGGAAAACAAUAUUAAUUCUAAUAAUUUUCUGGAGGUUUUAAAUGCUGGCAUCAAAUUGAACUCAAAGGGUAAAAUAUGUUAGUAAAUAUAAAGGUAACAGGAGGGUGAAACAUUGAAUCGGGUCAAAAUGACCCAUAGGCGGGGGGAGGGUGUAAUAUUGAUUCGGGUCAAAAUGACCCGAAGGCAACACAAGGGUUAAGUGUGACUUCUGGAGCUCCAGCUGUGAACCGGGACGCAGCUCGUCAUGUCCCAGGUGCAGCAGUAAGACAUUCCCUGAAGUGGAAGUGGACUUGAUGCGUGGCAGGAAGUGGCAUCAUGAUGCACACAAGGCCUCCAGGCACCUUAAACAAAAACAAAAAAAGAGGUAAUAAUAUAAUUCUUUGCUGGAUCGUAAGCAUCUGGCUGAAAGCACUGUCGUCUGGAUGCCAAGUGUCACUCGGUCUGAAAGUCAUUCCUUCACUUUGCUUCUUUUUCUUACAAAACUUUUUUUCUGCUUCAUGAUGAUUUUGUCCACUGUAUUUCUAGAUGAUUGACGAGCACACUAUUCACACAUUUAAACAUGAACUCAUUGAAAACUGUUUACAGCUAACGAGUCAUUUUUAAAUCUGGGGCCUGUGUCCAGUGCGGACCAAAGGAUGAUGUGCAGUAUAUUUAGAGAUCAGAUUUAACUCACCGUAUCGUUUCCAUUCACAUAUUUUUAUGCACAUUAGAAACGCUGAUCGGACCCUUUAAGUCUCAAGUUUUACGCUCGCAUGAGGUUGUUUCUAACUUUUGUCGGAAAAGAGUCAAUGUGGCAAAUGGAUCAUUGAAAACUAUUGCUGAAUACAUUUGGACAUAAUUAACUUUAACAAAAAUGACUGAUUAGCUGUUUCCAAUCUCGAAGUCGUCUCUGAUAUUCCCAUAGCGUUUUAAUACUUAUUUUUAUAUAUGGACAUCAUAAAACAUAACAAUAGUAGCUGACAUGAUGGAACAAUUAAAGCGUCCCAAUUGAAACCAGUUCCUGUUCAUCGUGCUCCUUGUUUCUCUUGUGGGGGGCUGGAUGGCCAGAGACUUGUUUGGUUUCCGGUUCUUAAAACUUUUCUUCUCCUCCGUUUACUGGUCGCUCUGCAUCGCCUGUGGCGCCAACUUCUGACUAAACUACGCUGUAGCUGACUUUAUUUGCUCCAAACCAGUUCAUAGAAAUGCUUGAUUUGCUGUUUUCUUUCUGUGACACUUCAAAAGUUCACUUAAAAUGUGUUUGAAAUGUGAAAAGUGACGGGGCGUCCGGUUGUGUCAUCAUCAGUUAGCCGCAAGCCUUCUGAAGUCGGGGCUUGUUGGUCGACUGGUGUCACUGGGAGGUGUUUUUUCAUGUAACAUUAUGACUAUAAAUGGAGAGAUUCAGCAUUUGAUGCUUAUGAGCGUAAAAACGAUCUGUUUACGAUCAUACCCUCUGGACAAAGAGCAGAAACUGCGAUGAUUGUUUUCUAAUUAAUUUUUACUUUUGCCAAAUCUUGAUGCUGUUAAAUCAGUUCUCAUUAGAUCUAUUUUUUUGUGCUAAUUUUAUACAAAUCCACAGGUACAAACUGUUAAUAUUAUACAGACCCACUGCCUGUAUAAACUGAUUAAUAUUUAUUUGUGUUUGUUAAAUUUCAUUUAAUGAUAAGCUGCAUGUUUGUUACAACUUCACAACAGUUUGUUGUCUUCUAAAAAAAUUGCUGAUUACAAUCCAAAGUAAAUAAAUAUUGCUUUUACCAGACAGAA